ACUCCUGGGGGAGGGGAGGGGUGAAGAUGGCGGUGUCGAGGAGGAGGUGAGAGCCACGGACGGAGCGGCGGUCUCCAUGUCGUCUCACCUCGGCCGGGAGGCGAAGGCGUCAGCCGCACUCGUCAUGAAGACUUACCUCCUACUCGGUCUGCGCACGCUCAUCUCCGCCGUUGCCAAGCUCUACGCGCUACUGCUCAAGGCCUGGAGCUUCGUGCUUUACGUCCUCCGUCGGCAGAUCCGGACGAUUAUCCAGUAUCAGACGGUGCGGUACGAUCUGCUGCCCCUCUCACCCACGUCUCGCGUGCGGCUCAGCCAGGUGCGGCGGAAGAUCCUGGUGCUGGAUCUCGACGAGACGCUCAUCCACUCGCACCACGACGGCAUGUCGCGCACCAUGGUGCGGCCGGGCACGCCGCCGGAUUUCAUUCUCAAGGUGAUCAUCGACAGGCACCCAGUGCGGUUCUUCGUGCACAAGAGGCCUCACGUCGACUUCUUCCUCGAAGUGGUGAGCCAGUGGUACGAGCUGGUCGUGUUCACGGCCAGCAUGGAGAUCUACGGCUCCGCAGUGGCCGAAAAGCUCGACAACAACCGCAGCAUCCUGCAGAGGAGAUACUACAGACAGCACUGUACUGUGGAGCUGGGCAGCUACACGAAGAACCUGAUGGCGGUGCAUGGAGACCUGGCUAGCAUAGUCAUUCUGGACAACUCACCCAGCGCUUACCGGGGCCACCCAGACAAUGCGAUCCCCAUAAAGUCGUGGUUCAGCGACCCCAGUGACACGGCGCUCCUCAACCUCCUGCCGAUGCUCGACGCACUCAGGUUCACAGCGGACGUGAGGUCAGUCCUCAGUCGAAACCUGCACCAGCACCGUCUUUGGUGACGCGCGCUCCCCCAUCCAUCGCCCUCCGACCUUGCCCCCCAAACAGCACCCCUCCAGCUCGGCCCCCCCCCCUCCCCCCGCGGCCCCCUCCAACACCCGCGCACCGUCUCGCUGGCGACAGGAAGUCCUGCUGCUCGGCAUGCUGGGAACAUGGCGGCGCUGGGGCUGUGUCGACCGCGAAUUGCAAGGCGGUGGACUCCUUUUGCUGGACCCGAACGAUGAAGAGCAAAAAAAAAAACUUACGUCACACCGCAAAAGUUUUAUUUUAUUUUGUUUAUCUCAUUAGGACAAUAACAUUAUAUAUAUAACUAUAUAUAUGUACAGUCAAUUGUAGCAGGAAAAAAAAAAUUACUUCAUCCAUCUUGUUAAUACCUGAAUGAUUAAUUUUUUUUAUCUUAAAAUUGUAUUAUUUCCACGAUUUCUCCUUUCAAUUGAUGCCCGAUGAGCGAUACAUUUAUUUUUUCCUCCCUUUAACCUUCCCUGUCCUCGGCACGAUCAUCAGUCCCGUCCGUCCCGUCGGUCCGUCCGUCCUCUCCUCUCCGUCUGCCACAACCCCGCAGAAACAAUGCCUCUGCUUCAGCGGUGCUUUUCCGAAUCCUCGGGCAUUUGCCGCGCCUCCCCCUUCCUCCACCUCGUCGGCAACGGGGAACCCAAGCAGCCUCCUCGCCUCGUCCGGUCGGCGGUGGCGGUCGGCGGUGGGUGGAGGCCCUGACUUUUUGGGAGGUUGCUGUGCACUACCAGCCGCUGUCAUGUACGCGCGCACGCGUGCGUGCGCGUUCGUCAGGGGUUGUAAAGUUUUAACGCACUUCUCUUCGUCGGCAACUGUUCCCCCCGGUCUGUCUCUUGGUUGCCCACCUGGGAGGAAGGAAAAGGAAUGAAGGAGGAAGGAAACGACACAAGCCCCAUCCCUCGCGCUGUGUAUCAACGUACGUUUAUUUUUUUCCCACGCGGCCAUUCGUAAUCCACGCGCGAUGUUGAGGGCUAUGUCCGCGUGUUGAGCCUCUUUCCCCCCCCCCCGCCUCCUCUCGAGCGUUCGGCACGCGCCGUGCGACGGGCAUCUCUCCAGGAGUCGAGUUGAAGAUUGCGGUGGAGUUGACGCGAUGCCCGCACGGAGGUGGGGUGUUGCGUGAGCUCCAGGGACGGAGUACUCGGAGCGCCGCGUUUGUACCAAUUGGGGAUUGAUGGGGGAGCGAGAGUCGCGGAGGAAAAUCUCGAAGAGUGUGGUUUCCGAUCGUCACUGCGCAACUGGGGGGAGGGGGGGUGGGAUUGCGUUGUGUUUUUUUUGGCAUCUCUGCUGCGGGCUGGCGGUCGGUACGUGUCAUUAACCGCAUGAGAGCCCAUUCAGAACCGUUAAUCUUGUGUGCAUUGGAGACCCGGGUAACCACAUUUGCGUAGAGGAGGGUUGGUUUUUCACAUUUGGCGGCCGUGCUUAAAACCUUGUCGAUUGGCACUUGCAGAGAGAUCUCGUCACGGGGCCUUCAGUAUUUCGAGGCAGAAAAUAUGAAUGACGCAUUCGCAGAAUUUAUUUGACGGCUCUCAAAAAGGGGAACUCAAACAUGGAGCUGUGUUCUGCUUGGCCGCGGCGGUGAGCUUGCCGUGACCAAACAAGUGGUGCCCGGUUCCCACCCCCGACACGCACGCGCACGCACGCAGGUGCGAGGGUAGCGAGCGGCCUCACCACUGCCUCUGAGCGUGGGAAUCGGCGGUCCUUAGCUUUGCGCGUGUGGCUGCCGGUUUCCGCUGUGAAUUUGCACGCUCGCGCAUAGUCACGCGCGUGCGCGUGCUCAAUCCUAAAACGUUACUGCUACAGCGAACCCACAAGAUCAUUCAGAAAGGAUUUGUUUGUGUCAGUCGCAGGGUAAAAUAUCGAUCGAUCACGGUCAACGUUUUGGCCAGUUGAGCCCCCUCAGAAUCGUAAACCCUGACGAUGCGAAACCGAGUAAAAACGUUGAUUGGCUCUCGAUAGCUCUGGACGACGUGUCAAAUUUCUUAGUGCGAUUUUGCAACUGCGGUUCGUGUGUACGCAAGCAUACGCGAAAUGUGUAAAUACAGAGUGGCGAGGAAGAUCCGAGUUUGGAGAGACGAACGUUAAAAGUAUGCGCGGACAAGCACUUACCUUUUAGUUUAAACUGUUGCCCUCGUGUAGUGUUAUCGGAUGAUAAGUGCACUAUCCCGAGCCCUCCACUAAGAGAGUAAGAUGAAUGCAAGGUCUUUUAUUAACCUGGGCAUGGCAUCGAUUUGACAACUUUCUCAAGGAGUUCUGCGUGGAAUUCUGUACAACCGAGCUGGCCUAGCGAGUCUCGGAAAUCGCCUGGUGGUUUUUCCACUGCAGCACCCGAACCGUGCCGCUAACAUCGCACGUUAAUACAUUAUUUGGUAUUUGAAUCGACGAUUAAUAACCCCCUCCGCCCCUGGAACGGCUCGAAUCCGAGCAAGAUUCCGAUCUUCAGCGGGUGCCACGGUGGCGAGAUGUUAACUACCUCGUCUGAUAUCCAGGAGGUCGUGGAUUCGAUCCCGACAUUGACGCCUGUAUAUUUGAAGUUUGCGUGUUCUCCCCGUGGUCGCGGGGAUUUUUCUCGAGUUUGUCCCUCCACAUUUAGAAUCGACAUGCGGUUAGAGUCAUUGGCUGCUGCUAUACAUUUCCACCUGAUAAGCCACAUCAUUUGGGAUAUCAUUCGUGGCCUGGUCGCUUCUGAAAAAUAGCUUUCGAACUCGGUGGGCGUGGCUCAACAGACAGCCAGUUGAAAAACCACCGGGGCCAUGAGGGCGCCGUGCCAGUGCGGCUCGGUUGUGCCAGUGGAAAAAAGUAACAUCGAGGACAUCCGGAGUGCCCGGACAAAUGAACGUUGGAAUGGCUCUCAUGUGGUUAAAUAAAGGACGUUGAAUUAAUUAACAAAUAAGAGCUCUAAAUAAAGAAGUACAACUGUCAUCUUAUUUAUUAUUAACUAUGUCGUACCCAGAACGGUUUGACAGCCUCUUACAUUCGCGAGUUAUCUUAAAACGAUAACGUCGUGCGACUGCUCGCACGCGCGGGUAUCUACGUACGUGCACGUCUGUCUAAGCAUGCACGUACGCACGCACGCGUGCUGGGUUUGUGAACAUAUGCUGUGCGAGCGACCAAGAGGGGGAGGCAGGGCAGUCUCGAGUAAGCGAGCGAGAACGAAUGCACUGGUGCUAAUCCGAAGUCUGCGUCAAGUUGUCCGAGUUUUUUUGUAAAACAAUGAAAUGUCGAUCUUGGCGACGGCGAGCGACGGCCCCCCCCCCCCCGCGGAACUCCGCGAGCGAAACGAUUCACGCGCGGGCAGAUCGCGAACGACGCGCACACCCAGCGGAUCGACACGCAGGGCACGCGUGCACCGCGUGCUUGCGGAACGAAGCGAGGGGCCAGGUGGAGGAAACCUUUCCGCCGAGCAUCGCGGCACGACCCCUGUGGGGUGCGAGUCACACGAUGGCCGCUUCUCCCCGAAGCUCCGCCAACUCUCGAGACGGCCCCGUUGGCUUGACGUGAGAUGGGCGACCUGUGGCAGUCUAUUUGCACUUUUUUCCCCACCGCCGCCGAUGAUGCUGGGGCAUCGACACGCGCCAAACGCUCAAAGCUGUGCCACACUGGUCUCAUUGAUUACAGCAACAUCAACAAAAAAACGCCAACGAUCGCAGUUCCCGCGAUGGUGUUCGCGCCAAGGGGUUUUGUUUGUCGACCGCACCGCCGCCUCGCCGCCGGUCGUCUGUGCCGCCGAUGGGUUCAGUUCCCGAUUCCGUACGAGAUCGCAAGCUUAUAUUUUUGUUAUCAUUUUUGUCCCUGUCCAUCCCCCCCCCCCCCCCAAAAAAAACCCAAUGAGUUACAGAAAUUACGUCCGUAAAGACCAAGCCAGCCACCCCUUUGUAAACGCGCCUCCGCCACUGAACAUUUCCAUCUCGCGAUAUCCAAGUUAAUGUUAUUCCGUUUGCCAUAAAUUAUUGUUAACACGUUUUGAAUCCAAAUUUAAAGCAUUGGGUUCAAGGUUGCCAGAUGACCGCUCGCUACGACCGCGGGGUGGUUGACUCCACCGCGUCGGCCGAAGCUGCCGUCCCGAGUCUGUGGGCCUCGGGUCAUCCGCCUCUCAAUAUUUCUCUUCUCGUGCUCCCGGCCGGACCGUUCGGUACACUUUAAAGCUUUCGUGACUGCAGGGAUUCAUAUUCUUUGUUCUUUCGGUAAAGUCACGUAGAAGGGAAAUAAUAAAAUAAUAAAAAGUAACCGAUUACAUUUUAAACAACAUUUAGAAGGGAAAUAAUAAAAUUAGAAAAAUAUAACAACAUUUAAAACAAGAAAAUGUAGUUGUAUUUUUUUAGCUUAUUAUUUCCCUUCUACGUGACUACCGAAAGAAUCAAGAAUAUAGUUCCGUCCACGAUCUUGCUUUUUUGUGCAGGCGACGACAACAACAACACAACUGUUUUACUGGCCGCGAUUCCAGCAGCUACGGUGGUGGCAUCUCCUCGAUGUGUUGGCGCGUAGUUUCACUUGCGCUUCCCCGCGGUCUCCCAAAGGUCCUUUCUCCGCGCGGCUCUCCCGGCGUACUUUGUGGGUUGCGUCCUCCUCGCGCUGUUGGGCAACGCUGUCCGAGGUUGUUUCCGCCCCCCCCCCUCCCCCACACCUGCUGGGAGCCUCAAUUCUUCAAGUCUGCUCGAGUUACGGAACGUCGGACAUUGUGCCGAAAAACGCACCUAUGUGGUCGUCAUCUGUGUGUCGACGGUUGCCCGACAGCUACGGACCGUGUUGCCCUUGCCCUGACUGCCACGGGGUGUGGGGGGUCCUUUACGGUUUCAAUAGCUUCCUUCUGCUGAUUACAUAAAACAUGCAAAGUCGUUGUUCAUCAUCAUCGGCUUAUUUAGUUUUAACAACCGUGUGUUUUUUGUUGUUGCAACCGGCUGCUGGUUGAGAACUCCUGGUGCCAGAGUCUUGUUAACAUUCAGGGAAGUUUGCAGUUUUUAAAAUGAGGAGCCAGUGGAUUUUUUGUUUGUUAAAUCAGAGCUGCAGCUCCAAACCAAUCGCAAUGUAUUUGGACCCCAGUUGCGGCCGAUUGCGACUCGCUGAUUAGUUACGCAGUUGUGAUGAUUUUUUUUUACGGACGAGUGUUGAAGCCGUUUGCGGUGUUUCGUGGUUUGUAGGUACAUGAUGACUUUAAAGAAUUGGCCAGUGUGGUGACACUAACGAGACCAGGUUUCUUAUCGGACGAGACCAGGGUUCUGUAUUGGUGAAAUGGUUCUGUAUCGGGUGUGAUAAUUGUUUUAAAUUGGAUUAGAUAAGUUCUCUAUCGGACGUACUAACUCUGUCUCAGAUGUGACGAGUGUACUUAAUUGCAUAGAGAUACGGGUUCUGUAUCGGACCAGACGAGUUUUCUCAAAAGACGAGACGAGGGUUGCUACUUCGGCCGAUAUGAAGAUUCCAUAUCGGAUUAAAUAGUUCUUUAUUGGGCGGGGACGAGUGAACUUUAAUUGGGAUGAAAUUAGGGUCAUCUAAGUGACCACGGUAAAAUAUUGUUCGUUGGAUGACAAGAAGAUGCUGCAGCGGAUGGGACGAUAGUUCUAUAUCGGUUAAGAGGAAGAACAUUGUGCAUGGGAUGGGAGCAGUGAAUAUGUGGGAUGGAUCACUGCAGCAGUGUGUGGCACAGCUGCUAAAGCCAUGCCACAUCUUUUGAGCAUCAUUCGCCCAGAUUAUAAAUUUGUUUUGUUCCUGUUGAAUUAAUCUGACUAAUAGUUGCAGCUAUUAUUCGCUAAGGUAUCUGUUGGCAAUAGGGAAGUUCGUCGAUAAAAGUUCAUAGGGCAUUGCACCUCGCCGAAAGUGAAAUUAUUUGCUGUUGGGAAAAAUGUGGCCAUGAAGGAUUCUAUCCCCUCCGCCCCCCCAGUCCCCAUCCUCGACAGAGGAACUCAACUGACAGCAGCAGCAGCUCGCCCUUCAUAGAGUAACAAUGUAAGCCAUUGAGUGGUUGGGAGACAUUUAGAAGAGAAAAAAACUACAAAAAAAGGAAUGCCAGCGGUUGGGCAGUUCACGAAAAGUAAAAUGUCACGACGCCAGUGUUCUGCGUCGCAACCCUGGAGGAUCUCCGCAAGGCCGAUCGCUCACGCCCCACCGCUGUCCGGAACGCAGCUUGUCAAAUAAUAAGAAGAUGGCAUUUCAGGUUGUGGUGACCACACUCCCCUCCCCUUUUUCAGAAUAGAGAAGCUUCGUAUUUAAAUAUGAUAUUUUUUUUCCCUUCCAAUUCACAAGACAUUGUGUUGGUGAUGGUGGAACAUGUUGGUGGUUCGGAAGAGUGGUGCCGGGGUGUGAAGUUGGUGGGAUUUUAACUGGGAAAAGCCUGCUGGGUAGGUCCAAUUUGUCACCGUCUCUUUGUUGUGGUUAUUUUUGGUUUGGAAAGGAACGCCUUUGGGGGAUAUUUAUAACGGUCUCGAUGUUUAAAUUUUGUUUAAAUUUUUUGGAGGCGGGCUGCGGCUCGCUCGGAACAUCGUGCCAUCCACGAGGUUCCGUUACUCCGUCUCGCCGUGGAGAGCCGCGGGCAAAGGCUAAACAAUCAGAACUCCGUGCUGCGGCUUCACGACCCCACCCACACAGCCCCCCCCCCCACGCACGAGUGAAAAGUGUUGUUAGUCCAUCUUCCUACCGGCUUUCCAGACCACCAGCAAUCGGGGUUGGUGAAUAAAUGCCAAUUGGACGAUGUUGGCAGCAGUAGUUGUUUGAACGAGCCUGACUGCUGAUGAGACCCAGAUGGUCGAAACCGGUCCAGAGUUUGCUUCCUUGAAACAAAUGCUGCUGCUGCAGCUGCUUGAGAAUAUUGGCCCGGAAAGCCGAUGGGCUGAUGGAAUAAAACGUGUUUUUGCUUAUACAGGUUUCCCCCGCUUUGUGCGGUCGAGUAGCGCGUAAAGUACACGCGCACACACACAACGUCCCACGUCCCACUGCUUAGCCGCAUGUGGAGUGAAUUGAAACAGCGCAGUGUCGCGAAUUUAUGGGUAGAAAUAGGGUCGCCGCGUAAGCAGCGUGAAAUCGCACAAACCGAACCCGCGUAAAGCGAGGGACACCUGGUUUUGGAGACGCAAAACGUUCCUGCUGAUGUCCGUGAGAUGCUGUUCACAACUGUCUUAAGCGCUCUUGGUCCAAUCUCUCAACCAGUUGAAGCCAUGACUCGGAUGCAUUUAUUUCUUAAAACGUCGACAAGAACUGGCUGCCUGUCGCGUGCUGGUGUAAAAAACGUAACGCCAUUUAUUUAUCUGGGAGAUUCUUCUCCGAGUCAUUGCGAUGUUUACCCAGCAAUCUUGAGUAACAAAGGGAUAACAUUCCACACACGUUGGUGCACGCGCCCACCGGCUGAGCAGCCAUGUGCCCACCUUGCAUCCCAGAAUAUGUUGGCAUUUUACACAAGUCACCGUGAUACACCAACCCCUUUCCUCCAAGGCAGUCUGAAUCGCAGACGUGCUUUGCCAUCACCGCCACCACCACCGCCGUGGGUCUUCGUGCAUUCGUGUCAAACACGAUGGAAGACUGAUAAAUUAAUGCUCCGGCUGCAAGCAUUGAGUGAGCAAUUCAAGUGGCUGAGCUCUUGUCUUCUUUAUAUAUAACAACUUAAUGCGUUCAUCAGCAACGCUGCCGUGAAACAAAAGCAUACGCAUAUAUAAGGAAGGUGAAAUUGCGCGCAAUGGGGAGAUCGUUUCUGGUAUGAUAGAAGAGCCAUUGCCCCAAGCGUGUACUUCACAGGUUAUAUUCCUUUUAGGCCGGUGCUCUUGACGAAUGGAUUGAGUUGUUUUGCUGACUGCGAUCAGUAUCUGUGUUUUAGACCGGGGGAGGAAUCCGAUGAGCGAUGACGCUCUUUUUUACCACAUGUCCAGUAUGGAUGGGUCAACUCAGAAGCAGCAGCAGCAGCACCGUUUGUUUAAUUCGUGUCUUGACCGUGAGACGAGUCGGCCAGUGGUGGGGUUAAAGAGCGCAGCUCGAUGUGGGGCGUCUGGCAGUUGUCCCCGGUUGGCGGGCAGGGUUGGGGAAUGAUGAAUCUCGCGAGAGUGCACAACGCGGCAUCCGCGAACGGAAUCGAUGCCAAUGUGGAAUGUGGGUGGCGUUGGGGUGGGGGCUAACUCCAGAGGUCCCGAUUCUAGUUGGUUGAGUUUGUUCCACCAAACCCCCCCCCCACCUCCCCUCCCCCCUCUGUACAGAAAUCCGAUUUUAGUUUUGUUUGGAUUUUCAGACUUGUGAGCAAAAAAAAAAUCGUACAAUUGUUUUGUUUCGCCGAAAUUAGUUUGGACCUGUUUCACACGUGACCAGUUAAAUGGGCUUUUUUAUGGCAGCCCCCCCCCGCCCUUACCCCCUCCUUGCCCCCCACAUCCCUCCUAUAUAUUUUUUAAAAUUUUCCCCAUUUUAUUUUCAUUUUCUCAGUCUCCCCGACUCCAUCAAAUGUAAUUAAACUUAACAUGUUUUAUGGAGGAAAAAAAAGCCUGAUUAAAUUUGUAAAAACUG